AAAGGGGAGAAAGGAAAGACCCCAACAACACAACACACAAUCAGCGAACAGAAGCGAAUGGAAAACGAAACAGAGAAAAUAGAAGUCGAGUUUCGAGUGUCGUCCGCCAUAAAAAAAAUUGCCAGCGCAAACAUGGCUGCUUUUGGUGCCGUUCCGUUGUCGUAGAUUCCGAUUUGGGUUGUUGCCGUCGUGUUCGUUGUCGUUUCUUGUGUGCCGUUUCGUUUGUCGCCACCUUUGAUGCAAAUCGUCGCGAAAAAGUGAACGCGUCCGUACGUCGUCGGUGUGUUUUGAUCCAAGUAGUCGUGCGUGACACGCGGGUGUACGAUUGCGACCCCAUUUCCGAUACUGGUUCCGUGCAAAAGCUUGCACGGCCCUCGAAUCGUGACCAGAGAAAGUGAGCAAGUGCACCUUUGAAUUUCGGUGGGGAUUCCUUUCGGCGCUGGAUGACUGUGCUGGUGAAAACAAGCUGCCAGGCUGUUUUGUGUGAACGUCAGUGAGUUUCUACUGCCCCCCCCGGAGGAUAUCCCGGAAAAUCAAGAAUCCAAACGUGAAAAGUGUAGUGAUUGGGAAUGCGACGGAAUGGAUACAGAAAUCCCCUGAAGAAAAGUGAUGAAAAACUGUCCCCGGACAGAAACAGUGAGUGAAGAAAAGUCGGGAAAAUAUCAAAGAUCAGCGCACACACACGGUCCGCUGCCACCAUCAUCACCAUCGGGUGCUGAUUGGCAUUGAGAAGUGAGCGAAUCCAAACGACAACGAGAGAGCCAGUCAAGCAAGUGAGUGAGGGUGUGUGAAAAUUUCUGAUUGUGAACCUCUUUUCCAACCACAAGUCGCAAAACCGCGCACACGGUGUGCGGUGAAACGAGGAGCAGCAAACGCCGGAGAAAGAGCAUCGAGGGCUGCCAACUAACAACAGCUGAUUUGGUACGCCGCCCGAUUCCUGGACCAAGGAGAUGAUUUCCCGAAGGUGGUUUCACCCAUCGGUAUCGGGCGUCGAGGCGGAAACGCUACUGCUGGAGCGAGGUUUCGAUGGAUCGUUCCUGGCGCGGUUAUCGUCAUCGAGUCCGGGUGCCUUCACACUGUCCGUCCGCCGGGGCAAAGAGGUGACCCACAUCAAGAUCCAGAACAAUGGCGACUUUUUCGACCUGUACGGAGGUGAAAAGUUUGCCACCCUGUCGGAGUUGGUUCAGUAUUAUAUGGAAAACGGGGGCCAGUUGAAGGAGAAGAAUGGACAAAUCAUCGAACUCAAACAACCGCUGAUAUGCGCUCAACCAACGACUGAAAGGUUAGUUUAUUUUUUCGUAAUUAUAAUCCAGCAUGGCCAGUGA